AUGGCAACAUGGUGUGAACUACGACUUAGGUUGCAACAAAGUGAAACAAUCGACAAAUUUGCUCAAGAGAAAUUAAGAAAAGAAAAGGAGUAUUGGAAAAGUGUUAUUUUUAGAAUUAUUGCCAUUGUGAAGUAUCUUGCUAUACAUAAUCUUGCAUUACGUGGAAAAAAAGACAAGUUGUAUGAAAAUAGCAAUGGAAACUUUCUUGGUUUGAUUGAAAUGUUGGCUGAGUUUGGACCCUUAAUGAAAGAGCAUGUUGAGCGUAUUAAUAGUGGCAAAGUUCAUCAUCAUUAUCUUACUCAUGAUAUUCAAAAUGAUCAUCAAGAACAAAUGUCCCUCAUAUCAAGGUGUGUUGAUGGUUCUUCUAAUUCAUUUGAAGUUUGUGAAGUUUUUAUUGAAUUCUUGCAAUUUAAUGAUUUAAGUGGUCAAGGACUUUUUAAGGUGUUAGAAAAUGUGUUAAAUACUUAUGAUCUUGAUAUAGAUGAUGUUACAGGGCAAGGAUAUGACAAUGGGUCUAACAUGAAAGCCACACAGUGGGAAAGUCGUGUUGAAUGUAUUAAAGCAAUACGAUUUCAAAUUCUUGACAUACGAGAAGCCUUACUUGAAGUAGCUCAAGUAGAUAAUGAUAAUAUGAUUAAAAGUGAAGCUAAAUCCUUAGCAAAAAAUGAGCUUGGUAGUUUUGAAUUUUUACUUGCUACAGUUAUUUGGUAUGAAAUUUUACAUGUUGUGAAUUUGGUUAGCAAACAAUUACAAUCUAUAGAUAUGCUCAUUGAUGUUGCUAUAAGUGAGAUUAAAGGGCUGAUUUCUUUUCUUAAAAAGUAUAGAGAAAAUGGUUUUUCAGGUGCUAUGAACAUUGCCAAAGACAUAGCAAAUAAAAUUGGUAUUGAUCCGGUGUUUCCUCAAACACGUAUUAUACGGAGAAAAAGGCAUUUUGAUAAGAUUAAUGGUGAGGAAACAUUAUUAUCUCCAGAGGAAACAUUUAGAAUUCAAUACUUUUUAUAUAUUGUAGAUAAAGCUAUUGCAUCAUUAGAGAAGAGGUUUGAACAUUUUGAAUUAUAUGAGAAUGUUUUUGGUUUCUUAUUUAAUUCUGAUAAGUUAAUUUCUAUGGAUGAUAAUGAGCUCCAAUCAUGCUGUAUACAUUUUGAAGAUGCUCUUAAAAAUGGUGAGUCAUCGGAUAUUAAUGGUAGUGAUCUGUUUGUUGAACUAAAAUUAGUCAGGGAGCUUUUACCUAAGCAAAAAUGGGAGCAGUAG